UGGACCAUAGACGAUGUGGACAUAGGAGAAUGAACUGUUGUCAUCUUUGUUAUGAAAAGGAGUCUGUUAGUCGCCUAAUUACACAGGGCUCACUGGGUGCAGACAUGGAAGUGCCUUGCUACACGUCCAAACUGCUUUUUGAGCUCAAUGAGCUGCGGAAAAGGGACUACUUCUGUGACUGCAGCAUCCUGGUGGAGGGCCGUGUUUUCAAGGCCCAUCGUAACGUGUUGUUCGCUGGGAGUGGCUAUUUUCGGGCUCUUCUGGUUCACUAUCUGCAGGAUAGUGGACAGCGCUACAGUACAGCGUCAUUGGACAUCGUCACAGCUGAUGCCUUCUCGAUUAUCCUGGACUUCCUUUACUCUGGCCGCUUGGCCCUGAACAGAAGCAAUGUCAUUGAGGUUAUGUCGGCAGCCAGCUACUUGCAGAUGACUGAUCUGGUAAACUUUUGCAAAGGCUACAUACGCUCAUCUUUGGAAAUAUGCAACAAGGAGAAGGAGAGGAACACAGAGAAGGAGGACCAGGCUCAGGAUGGAGGGAGUGGACCUGCAGACAGUGGCACUCCUGCCGCAACAAUCUCCGGCGGUGCCGCAGCGGAGGAGCCGCAUUCACAGGCCGCAGAGGCCGAUAGAGGGUCGGGGUUAGGAACAGAAUCUGUGACCUCUGUCCGCACUACAACUCCCAGCACCAGCAGAGACAUGGAUAACAACUACAACUCUAGAGUGGGAUUUUCAUCUGUGAGGGAAGGACAAAAGGUACACAUGGAUCAGACUAACCUCUCAUCCUCUUCAUCGUCUGCAUUGACCCCAGAGUUAGUGCACCCCAAAAUAGAAUAUGACCCCGAUGAGGAUCUCAUGGAGUCCCCUGACACCAAAGAACUGGUCCCUUAUCCUGGGUCCUCUCUGCAUAACCCUCAUCACAGCAGGCUACAUCCGCCCUCUCCGUCCAAUGAGCGCUCUCCCAUGGGAUAUGGCUCCUCCUAUAAUGCCAGGCAGAUGAUGGAGAUGCUGGCUAGAGGGGAAGGCUCCAGUCCUCUGGGAGACAGAGUAGGGCAGCGCUUUAACCAGGGACUAGGUAGCAGCACAGGAGGAAGUAGAAUGGACGAGGGUUUAGGGUUUGUGGGGUCUUCCAUCAUGGAGAUCCAGUCUGAUUGGCUCGGAGAGGACACAGGUGAUGGCUUGGUAGUGCCAGUGAAACUCCACAAGUGCCCGUUCUGCCCGUACACUGCCAAGCAGAAAGGGAUCAUGAAGAGACACAUCCGUUGCCACACAGGAGAGAGGCCCUUCCCUUGUCCCAUGUGUGGCAAGAGGUUCACAAGACAGGAACACCUCCGCAGCCAUGCGCUCAGUGUCCACAGGCACUACUGGCCCGUAUCAUGUAAGAGCUGCAGGCGAUCCUUCACUGGAUCCAGCGUUUCACCGGGACUGAGACGCUUCGGCAUCUGCGAUAGCUGCAACUGCGUGACCACCACUCAUGAGGAUACUGUCCCCAUUCACCCUGCCAGCCAACCGGAGUCUAUGGAGCGUCCAGACGGGGCUACGGAUUGGUCCAGUUUUAUGGACGACGUAGACGAGGUGGAGGUUGGCAGAGUGGAGGACUUGGUUGAGAAACAGAUGCUUGAAAGGCAACUGACUGCCUGCACUGACGUUGGUCACACACUGUGAAUCUUUAGCACAAAGGAAAAUCAGUCCUUAAACUUUUAUAAUGUCCAGAUUAACAGCCACACUUUUAUUUAUGACGAUAAAAUGGCUAUAUCUGUUUACUAAUUUGUUACCAGAGAAUGUUUCUUUCUCGCUGUUGGGAGAUAUCUGUCGUCAAUGAAUUGCCUUGAAGUAAAUAGAUUGUGUCUUUCCUUUUAUUUAAUUAACCUUAAAUAUGGUAUGACGACUAUUUAAUUUAUGUCUUUGGACUGUCACAUUAACAUGUCUCCCUGUCUGCUGUACAUGAAGAGAAUGUGUGUGUCAAAGUUGCUUGUUUUAUGUUUUGUUGUGUUUUGUCCAAAAAAGACCACGUUCCACAGAUAUGAUGUGAUAUGGGGUUUGAAAAAAAACAGGGCCAUUUGUGGGUGUUGUUGCAAUAAAUGUGUUGUGUUAUUCAUUUGUAAACACA